CUGUAAAACGUCGAUAGUACUCAUUUUGUAAAAGUAUUUGAAAAGUGACUGAAUUAAUACUGUUCAGAUCAAGUAUCAAUAGCCAAGUUUUGUGAGUACAUUGCUACCUUAUUUCCACCUUAUUUAGUUGUCAACCAGCAAAGAAUAUCUACUUUUCUUAGAAGAGUGAAAACAAAACAGAGAUAAAGACACGUUCCAAACCGUCUGAAAGCAACGAGACCAACAAAUAGACGGUAAAAAUAUGGUCGCUAAGACGAAAAACAGGGCGAAAAAUCCCCAGGAAUCUGCAAACUUCUUGAGCCGGCUAUGUUUUGGAUGGACGUUACCGAUUUUUUUGAUAGGAAUGAAACGUAAAUUACAGACUGAAGAUCUGUACAAUCCCUUAGAAUCAAACGAAUCCGAAGGUCUCGGGGAUCGUCUAGAAAAAGAAUGGAAGAAGGAGUUGGCGAAGCUGAGCAUUGAGUCAAAGGCGAAAGGGGGUGAAAAAAAGAUGUUAAAGAGACGCCCAAGUCUGAUUUGGCCACUAAUCAGAGUAUUCUGGUUUCAAGCCGUGCUCCAAUGGACGCUAUGCGUCAUCGCACAGCUGAUAUUGCGACCCAUGCAGCCGUUAUGCCAAAAGUGGGUGAUCAGCUAUUUCCGUCACGGUGAAACUGAGAUGUCACAAAACCAGGCUCUUUUAAGCGCUGCUACCCUGUCCUUCGUCACUAUCAGCAUGAUAUUCAUAGACAACCACGCAGUUCUCCGUGCCAGAGAGACCGGAAUGUGCAUGAGGAUUGCUUGCUGUUCGAUUAUUUACAGAAAGGUCCUACGCCUCGACUUGGCUGCGGUAAACAAUAUCGCUGCAGGGAAGGUCGCUAAUUUGAUUAGCAAUGAUGUGGCUCGAUUCGACAAUCUCUUUGUAUACCUCCACUUUAUAUGGAUCGUUCCAUUACAGUUGACUUUGUUUGGGUACAUCAUGUGGAGAGCUGUGGGCUUGGCCACUUUUGCGGGAUUGGCGGUUAUUAUAAUUCAGGCUGUACCCAUCCAAGGAACUUUAUCUCGAGUUACCACCAAGUUGAGAACCCAGAUUGCAGUAAAAACGGAUGAAAGGGUUCAGCUGAUGAGUGAGAUGAUAUCUGGAAUACAGGUGGUGAAAAUGCACUCGUGGGAAAAUUCGUUUGAGACGAUAGUGUCGAAAAUUCGAGCAUUGGAGAUAAAACUAAUUACCUACUCGUCAUAUGUAAGAGGAAUAUCACUCAGUAUGCCGAUAUUUUCUGGACGACUCGCUGUUUAUAUAACAAUGACUGUUUUCGCGCUGAUGGACAAUUCUUUGAAUGCAGAAGUGGCAUUUACGGUAGCCGUAUUAUUAAACAUGUUGCGAAUAUCGUGUACUUACGAGUUUUCGCAAGCAAUCUAUCAGACUGGGGAGGCCUCUGUCUCUUUGGAGAGAAUAACGGACUUCUUACUGUUGGCCGAAGUAGAGGAGCCAAAGAAUUUUGAAGCUGAAUCACUUAGUGCAAUCCAGGAACGUAAAGAACAUGCAACAAAUGCAUCGCUAGAGCCCAGAAUAACAGAAGAACUGGAGUCUUUACUGGAGGACAAAGAACAAUCCAACGAGAAGUCUGCAUUGUCGGUGAAUGGACUAAGAAGGAAUGUGAUCGGUACAACAGAUGAAAAGUUCAAAAACGGAAUUGGGGUUGAAUUGGUCAACGUCGCUGGAAAUUGGAUCAGUGGUCAGCUGCCACCAACUUUAUGCGAAGUUUCGAUGAAGGUAAAGAGUCAAUCGCUCUCCAUGGUUGUGGGGUCCGUUGGAUCAGGAAAAUCAUCGUUGCUGCAUCUCCUACUAGGGGAGUUGUCAGUCGGAGCUGGAAGAUUGUCUUUUUACACUAACGAAAACAAUGACAAAAACAGAAUCAGCAGUCGAGACAUUUGCAUCUCUUACACUAGUCAAGAUCCCUGGCUCUUCUCUGGUACCAUACGCGACAACAUUCUCUUUGGCCAGGCCUUCGACAGAAAGCGAUAUGAAGACGUGACGAGCGUUUGCGCACUCGUUAAAGACUUUGAGCAGUUACCUCAAGGCGAUUUGAGCUUCGUUGGGGACAGAGGCGUUUCUUUGUCGGGAGGCCAGAGAGCUCGGAUCAAUCUGGCCAGAGCCAUUUACAAAGACGCCGAUAUUUACUUGCUUGACGAUCCUUUGAGCGCUGUUGAUACUCAUGUCGGCCGUCAAUUGUUUGAAGAAUGCAUCAAAGGUUUCCUAAAUGGUAAAACACGGAUCGUUGUUACUCAUCAGCUGCAAUACCUGCGGCAGAGUGACUACAUUAUUGUUCUUGAUCGGGGAACCGUGAAACGUCAAGGCACAUAUGAUGAGGUAACCCAGAAUGGUCUGCAGGCAAUUACUUCUUUCAGGAAGAAAAACUCUAAUGAAGCCGAAAAGGCGGACGAAAAUAGCGAGGAAAACAUGGAAGACGAGGCUUCAUUCAUAACUGGGAGCGGCACUCAAGAUUCAAAAGAUGCUCCUGAGGAUGCCAAAGGAUCUGAAGAUAUCGGUGAAGAGGAGAUGACAAGAAAAAAAUCAUCAUUUCAAGUAUUCACGAGCUACUUCAAGGCAGGUGGUAACUUCUGUUGGCUCACCUGGCUUAUAGCAAUUUUCGUAAUUGCAAUGACGGUACCAAUUGCGAACGAUUAUUGGCUGACUUACUGGAUUAAUCAUAAUGUCGUCGUAUUCGUGUCAGAAUCAAACGAGUCCGUUUCUGAAAACUUGACGAGUAAACGAGAUCAGACUACAAAUGUUUCUGCAGGGAUAUUUUCCGCAGACAAAUCGCGAUGGUUCGAUGAAGCCGGAUUGCUGCGUAAAAAUGUAGCAGUCGAAGUUUACACAGCGGUAAUCAUAGCAACCGUUUUCCUAAAUAUACUGAGCAGCUUGAUUUUCAUGAGAAUAUGCAUGAACGCCAGUCGCAAUAUCCACAACUCCAUGUUCGCCAACCUUUUGCGGGCUCCGAUGAGAUUUUUUAACACCAACCCAAUCGGGAGGAUCUUAAAUCGAUUCUCAAAGGAUGUGGGUACAAUGGAUGAACUCCUGCCGCAAGCAUUCAUGAUGGCAUCUCAGAUUUUUACUAUGGUGUUGGGAAUAUUCGGCAUUGUUACCAGUGUAAUGCCAUUGAUGGUCAUACCUGUAAUAAUCACUAGUGGACUGUUAUGUUUCGUCAUAAUCUACUCUCUCGAAACUAUUCGAGAUAUUAAACGACUCGAAGGAAUCACCAAGAGUUCAGUAUUCUCGCAAGUCAGCUAUACCUUGGAUGGUCUUACGACUAUACGGAGCCAUGGUACGCAAGUGGAGAAAAUGCUGCGGAUGGAAUAUGAUCAUCACCAAGACGAUCACACUGGUGCCUCUUACCUGACCUAUGCCACGUUGGUUGCAUUUGCGUGCACCGUCGAUCUUAUUUCGUGCCUUUUCACUACUUCUGUUUGUUUCUCGUUCAUUCUGCUGAAUAAUGGUAGCCUUCUCAGUGGAACUGUGGGUUUGGCGAUUUCACAAUGCCUAAUGUUGACUGGUGCGAUUCAACUUGGAGCAAGGUUAUUCUCCGAGGCAGUUUCCCAGAUGAUCUCAGUAGAAAGAAUUCUUCAAUAUACAAAUUUACCUCAGGAGGGACCCUUCACAACUGACAACCCUCCCCCGCCCACUUGGCCAUCUAAUGGUGGUUUGGUUUUUAAUCAAGUCUCCAUGAAAUAUGCCGAGGACAAACCUUCAGUACUCAAGGAUCUGAAUUUGAGAAUAAAGCCUGGCUGGAAAGUUGGCAUAGUGGGAAGAACUGGUGCUGGAAAAUCUUCGCUCAUCUCGGCGCUGUUCCGAUUGACCGGAGACGGAAUCGAGGGCGAAAUAUUAUUAGACGGGAUAGAUACAAAGUCAAUCGGGCUGCAAGAUCUACGUCCUCGAAUCUCGAUUAUUCCCCAAGAACCAACCUUGUUCUCAGCAAGUCUUCGCUACAAUUUAGACCCAUUCAACCAGUAUUCAGACGCUGACCUGUGGGACAGCCUGCGGGAAGUCGAACUUGAGAACUUGUCAUCAUCGCUUGACUUUCGAGUAGCCACCAAUGGUGCCAAUUUUAGUGUUGGACAGCGGCAGCUUAUCUGUUUGGCCAGAGCUAUUCUGAGAAAUAAUCGACUACUCGUGCUUGACGAAGCAACCGCCAACAUUGACCAAAGAACUGAUGCUCUGAUCCAAAAGACCAUAAGACGGAAAUUUGCUGAUUGUACGGUUUUGACGAUAGCUCAUCGUCUGAACACGAUUAUGGACAGUGACCGAGUCUUGGUCAUGGAGAGAGGCCGCAUUGAGGAAUUUGGCCACCCGUACUUUCUGUUGAAAAAUCCAAAUGGCCGUUUCUCUCAAAUGCUUCAACAAAUGGGAAAAACGACGGCGGAAAAACUCUCACAGAUCGCUGAAAGCGCUUAUCAUUCAAGCCUCGAGUACAAAGAAAUGGACGAUAUUAUGAUUAUUCCUGCCAAUAUUACAACGUCGACGGAUCAUCAAUAGAUUCAUAAUCAAAAAAGCUGAACUAUAUUCCUGAGUUAUUUCUCAUAUCAAUCAAUCAGUUAUCUAUGAAUUAUGCUUUCUAGACGCAUAUAGACUGACGGAAACUCAUGAUUGCUCCAAUUUUGAGUUUAUUGUGAAAAAAUAUGUAAAAAAUCACCGCAACAUUUCAUUAUAUUAGAUGUGAAAUGUCAGCUGGCGGAUAUUCGAUACGAGAAAAAUAUAAAUGCAUAAUACUGUUCGCGAA